CGAUGCGAUGCAGGCCAGGUUUGGCAAUGUAAAAAAGUUUUGACUAGCAACAAGGUCUCAUAGAAGGCCUCGAAGUCUUUCUAGAACCUUUGUUCUGACCAAAGGCAUCAGCUGACGUAACGCAAAUGAUUAUUUGCACACUAUCAAUCAGUUGCUUGGUCACAAACGCGUUUUAUCAAGCAGCGUUCAGUGCGUCCCGAUGAAGAGACGGGACUGAAGUGCGGGGAUGAAGUCUGCUUCCAAGACCACCUGUACACACAGACAGAAGUCCUCACAGGUGCAUCACGCCAUCAAGUCUCUGUACCCAAAUGAGGGAGGGAGACCGACCGCACUUCCAGACAGCCCUGCCACCCAGGUGGAGAAGGCUGCCAGUCUCCUAAGGAGGAGAGCAGAUGAGGGAGACAGACAGGCCUUCUUCCUUCUGGGACAACUGUACUUUGAGGAGGGUCUCUAUGAAGAGGCCAAGCGAGUGUUUGACAGCCUUAAGGAACACGAUCCCAGAGCUAUGUUUCAGAUGGCCGUCAUGAGCUACGAUGGCCUGGGAGCCCAGUCCGACCAGGCAGAGGCAGUGAGCUACAUGCGGAGGGUGUGCCAGUGGGAGGGUCCAGAGACAGGCAGCAUUAGACAACUGGCCCUCUAUAACCUAGGCAGGGCCUACUUGGAGGGCUUUGGGGUUCCUUACUCCAUCAGGGAGGCUGAGAGGUUGUGGUUACAAGCAGCUGAGGAGGGGAGCCCUGGGGAUGGGGCUUCUGCAACCGCCCAGACCAACCUGGCCAUGCUGUACUGUCGCCCUGAGAACCUGGACCUCCAAAAGGCCUUCUUCUGGCACUCUGAGGCAUGUGGUAACGGCAGCCUGGAGUCCCAGGGUGCUCUGGGAGUCAUGUUCCUGUAUGGGCGGGGCGUCCGUCAGGACCCCGAGGCAGCCCUGGACUGCCUGAAGGAGGCGUCGGAGCGAGGGAACGUUUACGCGCAGGCACAUCUGGUGGCCUACUACUACCACAGGAAACUGUACACGCGUGCUGUCACGCUGGCCAAGAGGAUUUGUAGCUAUGACAACAUCCCUGCCAUCGCUACGGCAACGGAAUGUCUACCUGAGUAUGUUGAUAAGGGUGUGGCCAUCGCCUUGUUCUACUAUGCCCGCUGUCUGCAACUGGGGAGGGGCGUGGCCAAGGACACACAGCAGGCUCAACUCUACUUUAUUAAGGCUGCCCAGUUGAAUUCUGAAGUUUGCAAGGACCUCCAGACUGACAUCAUCUUCAACAGGAUGUAGCCUGGCCAAUAGGACACGCCUCCCACCUGUAUGGAUGUUUAUGUGCCAUAGUAAAGCCUUGAUUCUCAGUCUCUGAAAUUGUGUGUUUGUGAGAAAUUGUCUAUAGUGUUGCAAUUGUUGGUCAUAAAUGGGAUUUUAAUCACGCAGGACUGAUGGUAACCUUAGAAAUCAAACGAAUACAGUUUUUUUCCGCAAUUUAUUGCUUAUAUAAAUGCUCUAAACAAUUUCUUGGUAAAAAUAAAAAUCUAUCAAUAAUCACAAAUAAAAUUGUCACCAUGACUUGACAUGACAUAUUGCACAAUGAAGCAGUUUUAGGAUGAACAGCGAACAGCAGAGUUGUUCCGGAAUGUCUCGGCCUGUGUGCGGCUCCCCCUCUUUUCCUCGUUACAUAGAAACUAGUGGCCCCUCAACACGACCACAACCUGCAACACAGCUUGGCAGUUGAUCUCAUUGGUCGUUCUAACAUAGCAACGGAAA